AUGGCAAGUCUAACCGGCUCAUCAACGAAUCGUCUCCCUAUCUCCGAUAACCCCGUGGACUGGUAUCCCUGGGGGGAGGAGGCAUUCCAAAAAGCGAAAGCGGAGGACAAACCGGUGUUUCUGAGCGUUGGCUACUCUACGUGCCGGUGGUGUCACGUCAUGGAACGCGAAUCAUUUGAGAACGAGGAAGUGGCAAAGAUGAUGAACGACGUGUGCGUGAAUGUCAAGGUGGACAGGGAGGUGCUUCCAGACGUCGAUCGAGUGUACAUGAACUAUGUCACUGCCAUAUCUGGGAGAGGAGGAUGGCCGAUGAGCGUGUGGAUCACACCUGACACGAAGAUCCCAUUCUUCGGAGGGACAUAUUUCCCACCUCAAGCGAUGGAGCAGAUCCUCACGCAAGUCAAAGACAAAUGGAAGAAUGAACGCGACAAGCUUGUCCCGAAAGGCAACUCCCUCUCCGACAUCUUGCAAGAGCCUGCUUCCCCGACAUCUCCGGCACUGAGUCAACUUGGCCUCCCUCUCCUACGUGACCGCGGUCUGGCAAUGUUAGGGCAGAUGUACGACCGAACACACGGCGGAUUUGGAGGGGCACCCAAGUUCCCGACCCAGAGCAGAUUCUCUUUUCUGCACUUGGUAGCAUACCUGGCAGAGGACAGCAAUAACCUGGGGCGGAAGAUGAGUGCCUUUACUCUGAAAAAAAUGGCAAUGGGAGGUAUUCACGAUCAGAUCGGCCUUGGUUUCCAUCGGUACAGCGUCGACGCCGCCUGGCAUAUUCCACACUUUGAGAUCAUGUUGUAUGACAACGCACAACUGGCCUAUCAUUACUUGACGUAUUAUGUGCUUACAGGCGACGAGUACUACCGUACUGUUGCGAAUGGCGUCCUCGCGUACCUUGACCGAGUUCUCCUCAAGAAGACCGACCAUGGCAUUGCAUACAUGUCCGCCGAGGACGCCGAGUCAUAUGAGGAAGAAGGCGACACGAUCAAGAAGGAAGGCGCGUUCUAUGUCUGGACACGUGCGCAGAUCACGGCUGCUCUGGGCGAGAAAGACGGAGAUGCCUUCUGUGACCAUUUUGGCGUAAAGGAAGAAGGUAACGUGGGCCUAGAGCAUGAUCCACAUAAAGAGCUUCAGGGGAAGAACGUCUUGAUGGAGCAGCGGAGCGCGGAGGAGACGGCAACGGCACUGGGUAUCAGUACGGAAGAAAUGGAGGGUAUCAUCAACAGAGGGAGAGAGGUCUUACGAGAAGAGAGAGAUAAGAGACCCAAACCACAUCUUGACGACAAGAUCAUAGCAAGUUGGAAUGGUCUCAUGUUGAAGACGCUUGCGCAGGCCGCGCUUCGCCUUCCCUCUGGACCAGAACCCGAGAAAUUCUACAAUCAGGGUAUCGAAGUUGCCAGGUUCGUCCAGAACCAGAUGAUCAAAGACGGGAAGCUACUGCGUUGCUAUAGAACGAAUGUACAGGGGGUAUGUGAGGACUAUGCUUCUGUCAUAAACGGCCUCUUGGCUCUCUACCAAGUCAAACUUGAACCAUGGCUCUUGCGUAUUGCGGUGGAACUGCAAGACAAGCAGGACGAGCUCUUUUGGGAUGAGAAAGCUUGGGGCUAUUUCGCAAGCGCGGAGGAUAGCGAUGCCAGCAAGAUCAUGAGACUGAAAGACGAUCACGAUGGGCCGGAACCUUCGGCAAAUUCAUUAUCCCUGCACAACCUCGUUACCCUCGACUCUAUCUGCCAUGCCACCGAUCCUUUUGCCCUUGGAAUUCCGAAUAUGUCAGAAUCGAGAGCGGAACGAUACCAGAUGUACGCCCAGAAGAUGGUCACAUUCUUCACACCUAGACUGCUCACGCAACCUGCUUCCAUGCCGGAAAUGGUCUCCGCCGCAAUGAUCUAUCUCAAGGAGCCAAUGUGCGUGAUCAUCAGUGCGCCAGAACAGCGCCAGGCAGAAGUCUUCCUGGCCAAGAUCCGGGAGGUCGACGAGAAGAAGUGGAGACCUGACACGAUUUACGUGUGGGAGCGGGCCCAGAAGGAAGGUGUCACCGGAAGGGUGUGCGCUGGGAAGACUUGCGGUUUGCCUAGUGGUGACCCACAGCAUGUGGUUACGGAACUUGGCAAUGUUCAUUGA